GUUGUGAGGCAGACCUGGGGAAAAACUCAUUUAGUUUUGUACUGCUUGCCCAAGUCUAUCCACAAACUAUGCUGUUGUCCAGAGAACUUCUUUUGCUUCUCUGUGUGGGACUUGUGAAUGGGCUUUAUCACAACCACGAAUUGGAGGGCUUUGCUUCAAGCGAUUUCGCUGAUGCCAAUAUCACAGAAAAGAGGAUGAUGCAGGCAAUCAUGGAGAAAAACCCUUCGCCUGGAAAACAUCUCAAGAAAGGGGGAAUGCUGAAAAAGAAGAAUGCAACUGAACCAUUGAAAGCCUGUUUUGAAGACAAAUGUGGACCCGGCGGGAAAAAUGAGGCGACCCAAGACCCCUCUGCUCCUGGGGAAAACAAUAAAGGGGCCACUGACCCCCUGCUCUCCUCUCACUCCUAUUUGCACAAGGAAGUUGCUGAAAUGGCCACUGAAGCUGCAAAGAAAAUUUAUGUACGAGAUGAACCUCUUAAGAGGAACCCGAGAGCCUCUCGAAGAGCUUAUGACAACGUCUAUGAAGAAUUGGCAUCCUUUUCCGGUGGCUACUAUGUGAACAUGAAGAAAAAACAACUUUCUAGCGCCCUUGGCCUACUGGAGAUAUCCCUGAAUGCCGCUCCUGUUAAAAUAGCCCACAAUCGUGUGGAUGGCUCUCACUUCUCCUUCCCUGUGGAUGAAUCUCUCUCCGAGAUAUUGGUCUCAGUCAAGACUUUACGGCAUGAGAGGUUCAACUUUAAGGUCUUGCAACCUUCAGGUGACCCAUUCACAAAACCUCGAAUGUUGCUUGACACAAGUAAUCACAAGAUCGUGAAGAUAUCUCCUAUCCCUCAGCAAGGUCGGUGGACCGUGACUCUGACUCCCAGGGGCUCUUACGAGGUAGAGAUUAGAGGCAAGAGUUUGCUUGACUUUACCUACCGGAUAAUGGAAAAGCAGAAUGGCUACAUGCUUCCAAUCCAAGGACAGCCUACGAAAGGAUCAAACUACACCAUCUCUUUAAAGAUGCUGGGGCCAGCCAGAGGCACCCAGAUGCAGCGUCUGAUCAUUUCUGAUGGACUAGAAGGACCUAUUCACUCCAUCAUUUUAAACCAAACUUCUGACGCCCUUGGCAAUAGCUUGGCCCUUGCUCCGAUUCAUCUGGAUUCGUUGUCUCCAAUGCUGAAAUUAGAAGGUCUGUCUCCCGGCAACCUGCCCUUCUCACGUCUCAACAUCAAUCCUAUCCGUGUGGCGUCAGUGAGGAUUCUACCCCUGGCAGACCAAGAGAGUAACUUGUUGCCCGGUGGGAGUGUAGAGUUCUCUGUCCAGGUGGUGAAUGAUGGAUCCGCUGCAAUAUUCACCUUUAAUGUCCGCGAUGACCUGGGUUUCAUACAGACCUUUAGACCUACACAAGGUUUCCUGAGGAAAGGAGAGAGCACCAUUCUCACGGCAACUUUUGUGGCACCUGCCAAGAGCUCCGACUUUGCCUCAAGUCUUGCAACAUUUACAGCGAAAACCAGUUCAUCGCAAAAUUACCUGACUCUGCCCAUCACUGUCAUUCCCAAAACAGCCUUGGAAACUGAAGAAAACCCACCAGUCUAUCACCUUCUCCAUUUCUAUAUGCCUUGUGGAGCUGAUAGCCAGCACAGACCCAACUGCUCUCAACACAUCUGGCACAUGACAUUUUCUGCUGAGGCUGCUGAAACUGCUGUUAGUGUCCAGAUCAGCCCGGAUCCCCGUGCUUUAUCUUGUCAUUCAGAAGAGGAGGGCAGUGAUAAGAAGCUUAUCUGUGAUUACAAGUCAAGCUGCUGUUCUCCUUUAGCCGAGAUCCUGAUCAGUGAUGAAAAUGGCAACGUGAACAAUUUCACCGUGGAUUACAACACACAGCCUCCCACCCCAGCCCUGUAGUCCUCGAUUUAAAACAGGUCAUUUGGCGUUCGAAGUUAUGACAGAGCCUCUCUCCUCCAAAAAGGUACUUAUCUCCCAGAUCUGAUGUUCCCAUCAGUUGAAGUCCACAAGUUCUUAAUGUUGCUAAGGAUGGAGACCCCUGCUAAAGUAGAUAAGUGCCUUUAUGUACAAGAUAUAAAAUUCUGGGUUAUCUAGAAACGAUCAGUGAUAAAACCAAGAAAGUAUUUAAUUAAUGUAUCUAUUUAUUAAAUUUAUAUGUCGCCUAUCUCACUGUCCAAACUGACUCUGAGCGGCUUACAAUGUUAAAUAUAUAUAAAUAAUUAUAUACAUUCCUUCCUUUGGAAAACAUUGUUCUAGAUAUACACUUUAAAAUGUUGGUUCCUUGUGGUUGGAAUUGACAAACUGGCCGCCAUUUUGCUUUAUAAACCAGAUCUUUGGAUUACUGAUCACAACCUGCUCGAUAUUCAUUUUCUUAUUCUCUGGUGAUAUAUUUGCAUCUACAUUCCUGAGUGCCUAAUAUAUUAUGGUAACUAGCAUAUGGUCAAUACUGGAGUUAUUUAUAACUUGGUAUUUCAACCAUCUGUACUGAAAUGUGAUCUCUGUUACAUUAGCUGUGUGGUUUUAGAUUAGAGCGAGAAAUUAAGAUUUGAGUAAAAAUUCUGCAUCUGGUCUACUCAGGGUCAAGUUUCUUUAGCAUUUUGGAACCACUUUUCAUCUCCUUCACGCUGCGUUUUCCACCACCCUCAGACAAAAAGACACAAUACUUUGAUUAAAGGAUAUUUCAGGCAUGGCGAUUUAGCUCCUAAGAAUUUGGGAACCAUAUCUUAUUUUGCCCAUAUUAUGGAUGCUUUUAUAUUUUAAUGCUAUAAACUGCCCAGAGUCACUCUGGAAGAGAAAUGGGAGAUGAUAGAUAGAUAGAUAGAUAGAUAGAUAGAUAGAUAGAUAGAUAGAUAGAUAGAUAGAUAGAUAGAUAGAUAGAUGAUAGAUAGAUAGAUAGAUAGAUACACAGACAGACAGACAGACAGACAGACAGAUUUCUCUUGAAUGAUUUUCUACAUUAUAGAAUUAGUUUUGUAUUCACACUAAAAUUAAUCAGGGUUAUUCCUGCUUUCUCCAUAUAAUAUUAAGUUUCAUCAACUUUUUUUUUUCAUUUCAUGCUUCCUUCCACAAUCCCACUGCAAUUC